AUGGGUGACGAAAAUUUAAAUUCUCGUAAGAAAUGUGAAGAACAUAAAUAUAAUGUAGUAAUAAUUGGUGGCGGUAUGGCAGGACUAGCCGCCGCUAAUCAUUUUUUGAAGAAUGGCAUGGAAGACUUUAUAAUAUUGGAAGCCCGAAAACGUAUCGGUGGACGGAUUAUCGGGAUACCAUUAAAAAAUCAUCAUGUUGAACUGGGCGCGAACUAUAUACAUGGUGUUUUAGGAAAUCCAAUAUAUGAAUUGGCCAUGGCAAAUGGGCUAAUAAAUAUAAUCAAUAUACCCAAACCUCAUAAGGUUAUCGCUGCUACAGAAGACGGUAAGCAGGUGCCUUUUGGUGUACUACAUGAAAUUCACGAAGCUUAUGUUUGUUUUUUAAGACGUUGUGAGGAAUAUUUUUUAUGUCAAUAUCUCCCACCCCCUGACAUAAAUAGUGUUGGUGAACAUAUAAAUUUAGAAGCAGCCAUCUAUCUCGAACGUCUACCAAACUCUGAAGAGAAAAAAUUGAGAAGAUUAAUAUUUGACUGUUUGCUGAGACGUGAGACUUGUAUUUCUGGAUGCAACUCGAUGGAUGACGUAGAUUUAUUAGAAUUAGGAAGUUACACUGAAUUACAGGGUGGCAACAUUGUUAUACCAUCUGGUUUUAGUAAAAUAUUAGGCCCUAUGACGAAAAAUAUUAAACCUGAACAAAUUUUGUCUAAUCAUCCAGUGGAAACUAUUAUAUGGGACUCAGAGAGACAUAGUAGUCUGAGAAACACAGAUGAUGUUGGAGAGGAAUCCGAGGACUCUGAUAAAACUGUGAUAGAAGAUAUAUCAAGAGUAUCGACAUCGGAGCGAGCUGGUGAUUCAGCGGACAGUAAACUAAGUAAUCAAGAGAAAUUCAAUAGUAAACACACAGGUGUCCAAGUGUUGUGUGAAAAUGGACAAAAAUUCUACGCUGAUCAUGUGAUAUGUACUAUACCAUUGGGUGUCCUUAAAAGCAAAGCUAACACAUUAUUUCAGCCUUCAUUACCCCAGUAUAAAUUAGAGUCAAUAGAGAGAUUAUUAUUUGGUGCUGUAGAUAAAAUUUUCCUAGAAUACGAGAGGCCAUUCCUCAAUCCGGACAUUACAGAAAUUAUGUUACUAUGGGAUAACACAACAUCGGAGGAUAUAUCAAAAUCGUGGUAUAAAAAAAUCUAUUCAUUUGUUAAGGUUACAGAGACAUUACUGCUAGGUUGGGUGUCCGGAAAAGAGGCUGAAUAUUUGGAAACAUUAUCUAUGGAGGAAGUGGGAUCUACUUGUACAAUGAUAUUGAGGAAAUUCUUGAAUGACCCAUUCGUUCCUGAACCGCAAACCUGUGUAUGUACUAAUUGGAAAAAGCAGCCUUAUACACAAGGUUCCUAUACAGCGAUUGCAGUGGGAGCUAGUCAAAGUGACAUUGAAAGUUUGUCACAACCUUUAUUUAGAAAUGUUCAUGAUAAAAAGCCUGUAGUGCUUUUUGCCGGAGAACACACACAUAGUAGCUUCUACUCAACGGUCCAUGGUGCAUACUUAUCUGGUCAGAUUGCAGCCCGAAGACUUCUAGCACCUGAAAUAGAAGAGAACAUUCUAGACUGCCCUCAAUCCAACGAUCUUAAUACAUGGAUUCAAGGUAUACAGUUAGAUGGAUAA